CUACUUAUGCUAUAAAAAAACCAGAAAUACCUGAUCCAGUACCAGUGCAUGAAGUUUUACCUUUACCUGUUGUUAUUACUCAAGAUAGUGUAAAUAAACGUAAAUAUAUUGUUGAAAGUAAAUGGUAUGGCACUCUUGAUCCUAAUGAGGAAGUCUAUGCUAAAUUCAAAUGCAGAAAUGGUGCAAAGGCUAAUAAAUCCAAUGUGAAAAAAAUUUUCUCUGAUUUCAAAGAAACAUUUGAAGUAAUAGUUCCUAAUAAAACCCAAAUUAUUACAUGUAGAAGAGGAAUUUUUGAUAUAGACAGUUUUAAGUUUCGUUUCAAGUUUGAACAUAAAGAAUAA